CCUUAUUUUAUUGCAAUUUGUGUUGUUGGUUUAGGUUUAAUGUUCAGUACAAGCAUUCUUAUGCUUCGUUUUUUCCCUCCCUCCCUCCCUCCUUUACAAAGGAAAUGUGGGAUAUUUUGAGACUGCCCCUCGUUCUGCUUUGCAUAAAAUAUUACCACCAGUCCUUUACACCUCUAAUUUUUCUAUAGGGGUGGAGGCAGUGCUUUUGAGUGGUUGGCAAUGCCCUGUGUUUACCCUUUUGAACCAACAAUCUUCCUUUACAAUCAUGUAAUAUUAGGGCCAAGAUUUGAACUGCUUGGAAAUUCUGAGGCUGGUAUCGGGAAAUUUUAAACAACAGAGGCAGAAGUGGAACAUUGCAGUGGUUAGAAUGCUCCCUUGUCUCUCUUUCUCAAUCUCAGAAGAGAAAAUGGCAGCCAACUCAACUACCAAGUGGUUGUUUUCUCUCUCUGUAGUUUUGUUAACAAGUCUCCAGUUGAUACAGUGCAAUGUUACUUACGACAAGAAGGCACUUAUUAUCAAUGGGCAGAGGAAGGUUCUCUUCUCUGGUUCUAUUCACUAUCCUAGAAGCACCCCUGAGAUGUGGGAAGGUCUUAUACAGAAGGCUAAAGAUGGUGGUUUGGAUGUUAUAGACACUUAUGUCUUUUGGAACCUUCACGAGCCUUCUCCUGGCAAUUAUAAUUUUGACGGGAGAUAUGAUUUGGUUCGGUUCAUCAAGUUGGUCCAUGAAGCUGGACUUUACGUGCAUCUUCGGAUUGGACCAUAUAUAUGUGCAGAAUGGAACUUUGGAGGGUUUCCUGUCUGGUUGAAGUAUGUUCCAGGGAUCAGCUUUAGGACAGAUAAUGAGCCUUUCAAGUCGGCAAUGCAAAAAUUCACCCAAAAAAUUGUUCAAAUGAUGAAAGAUGAAAAUCUUUUUGAGUCUCAAGGUGGCCCAAUAAUCCUCUCUCAGAUUGAGAAUGAGUAUGAGCCUGAAAGCAAGGCAUUUGGAUCUCCUGGUCAUGCAUAUAUGACUUGGGCUGCACAUAUGGCUAUUUCGAUGGAUACCGGGGUUCCAUGGGUUAUGUGCAAGGAGUUUGAUGCCCCAGACCCAGUGAUAAACACCUGCAAUGGUUUUUACUGUGACUAUUUCUCUCCAAAUAAACCUUACAAACCCACAAUGUGGACUGAGGCAUGGACUGGCUGGUUCACAGACUUUGGUGGUCCAAACCACCAGCGCCCGGCUGAGGAUUUAGCAUUUGCAGUUGCUCGGUUCAUUCAGAAGGGAGGCUCUUUGGUUAACUACUACAUGUACCAUGGAGGAACCAACUUUGGAAGAACUUCUGGAGGUCCUUUCAUCACUACAAGCUAUGACUAUGAUGCGCCGAUCGAUGAAUAUGGAUUGAUCAGGCAACCUAAGUAUGGCCACUUAAAGGAGCUACAUAAGGCUAUUAAAUUAUGUGAAAAAGCUUUGCUCGCUGCUGAUUCUACUGUCACAUCCCUGGGAAGUUAUGAGCAGGCACAUGUAUUCUCUUCUGAUUCUGGAGGCUGUGCAGCUUUUCUGUCAAACUACAACACGAAGCAAGCUGCGAGGGUAAAGUUCAAUAACAUCCAGUACAGCCUGCCACCUUGGUCUAUCAGCAUCCUUCCAGAUUGCAAAAAUGUUGUUUUCAACACUGCCCAUGUUGGAGUUCAAACAUCCCAAGUGCAUAUGUUGCCUACAGAUUCUGAAUUGCUCUCAUGGGAAACCUUCAACGAAGACAUAUCAUCAGUGGAUGAUGAUAAAAUGAUCACAGUUGCUGGCCUCUUGGAACAAUUAAAUAUAACCAGAGAUACAAGUGACUACCUGUGGUACACAACGAGUGUUCAUAUAAGUUCAUCGGAAUCAUUUCUGCGUGGAGGCCGACUUCCCGUUCUGACAGUGCAGUCAGCAGGCCAUGCAUUGCAUGUUUUUAUCAAUGGAGAACUUUCAGGAUCUGCACAUGGGACUAGGGAGCAAAGGAGAUUCACAUUUACAGAAGAUAUGAAAUUCCAUGCUGGGAAAAAUAGAAUUUCACUGCUCAGUGUGGCCGUUGGAUUGCCGAAUAAUGGUCCCCGUUUUGAGACAUGGAACACGGGAAUCUUAGGGCCAGUUACUCUCCAUGGCCUGGACGAAGGGCAAAGGGACUUGACCUGGCAGAAAUGGUCGUACAAGGUUGGGCUUAAAGGAGAAGAUAUGAAUCUACGAUCUCGGAAAUCCGUUUCACUAGUUGAUUGGAUACAAGGGUCCUUGAUGGUAGGGAAACAACAACCAUUGACAUGGUACAAGGCCUAUUUUAAUUCACCAAAAGGAGAUGAUCCCCUGGCUUUGGACAUGGGCAGUAUGGGGAAGGGCCAAGUGUGGAUCAAUGGGCAUAGCAUCGGAAGAUAUUGGACUCUUUAUGCUGAAGGAAAUUGCAGUGGAUGCAGCUAUUCGGCUACAUUCCGGCCUGCAAGGUGCCAACUGGGCUGUGGCCAACCAACUCAAAAAUGGUACCAUGUUCCGAGGUCAUGGUUGAAGUCGACCCGAAAUUUGUUGGUAUUAUUUGAAGAAAUUGGAGGCGAUGCGUCAAGAAUUUCUCUUGUAAAACGAUUGGUGACAAGUCAUUGAUUCAAAGCCAUACCCUCGACAAAGAAAAACGCUUCUCCAUGCUCUUAUGAGUGCUUUCAUGAGCCGUGACAUACCACCCUAGCCUUCCUCCUAGUGUACCUAGCUAGUUGUUAGGUGAGGGCAAACCCCUUCGCUCAUAAGUUAUAAAUAAAACUUGCAGCCCCUCGUCUUUUUCUGGA